AUGCUAGCAAUUGCUGAUGUUAAUUAUAGAAUAAUUUACACUGAUGUUGGCACACACGGGAGGAUUUCAGAUGGUGGUGUCCUUAAAGACAACACAUUUUACAAAAUGUUAGAAACGAAAACUCUAAACAUACCACCAUCAACUCCUCUUCCUGGUAGGAGCAAGCCUGUUCCAUAUGUUCUCGUCUCUGAUGAAGCCUUUGGCCUAGAGGAAAAUAUUGUGAAACCAUUUCUGGGUCUGCAUGAAAAAAAUAGUUGGCAACGUAUUUUUAACUAUAGAGCAUGCAGAGCAAGAAGAGUAAUAGAAAAUGUAUUUGGGAUUAUAAGUGCUGUUUACAGAGUGCUGAGGAAGCAUAUGCUUCUCAGUCUGGAAAAGGCUACAGUGGUGGCACUAGCCUGUGUUUAUUUACAUAAUUUUCUUCAAAACAGAAAAUCUCAAAGGUAUUGUCCAGCAGGAACAUACGACAGUGGAGGGACACCCCUACUGUGCUGGAGCCACUGCCCAGAACUGGCCGAAAAACUUCAUUGCUGA